UUGUGCGCCCCAACACUACCCGUGUUCUCGGCGAAAAGCACUUACAACCGACAAUUAGUGCGAGUGUGCAACACGUGUAAUAAUUAAUUAAAUAUAACAAUCAAACAUUGAAUUACGAAUAGACAAUUGAGAACUAUUUUCGGAUAAGAUAUGGCAGAGGACACGACAGACAUUAAAGGGAAUCAAGAAUGCAAUAUAAAUAUUGACCAGACCAAUUGUGCAGAUAUCAAAACUACAGAAGACUAUAUUGAAGAGAAGAAUGAUACAAAAAGAUUACCAGAACCAACUAAAGUAGUAGAUACCAAAAUAGAUGGAAAUACUAAGACAGUUAAUAGUGAAAAUAAUCAAGAAAAUAAUAAUAGUAGUAAUAAAGACACAGCCAAAAAUGGAAACAACGACGAUUCCAAAAGUGUCACUAAAGAAAGAAAAACUUCUAACUACUUACAAAAUAUCACUAAUUCGAAUCCAGGUCUAGUGCUGACAGAUAAGGAAAAAGACGCGACACUUCUGACAGAUACAAAAGUUGUAUCGAGAUUUUCACCAGUAUGGAGACAGAGCAUUGCAGCAUCAGCGUCCAUCCUGCUAACAUUCACUGCCGGCCUUACGUCGGGAUACUCGGCGAUUUUGUUCCCCCAGCUAGAACUACCGGGCAGCCCGAUACUGAUGAACGAAAGCACCAAGUCUUGGAUAGCUGCAAUGGCGGCCCUGCCCAUGGCUCCAGGGUGUCUCAUAUCCGGUUGGAUGAUGGAGAAAUUUGGCAGGAAAACGUCGCAUUACAUAAUCUGUGCACCAUUCCUGCUCGGAUGGAUACUCAUCGGUUGCGCCAACAACCUUGGCCUGAUGCUGCUAGGCAGAUUCUUCACUGGCCUCUGCGUCGGCCUAUUGGGUCCUCUCGGCCCAGUCUAUAUUGGAGAGAGUAGCGAACCCAAAUACAGAGGCUUCUUCCUAGCUGCAAUAUCCCUCGCUAUAGCAAUUGGCAUUUUAGUAGCCCAUCUAAUAGGCACAUUUAUGACCUGGCAGUGGACUGCUACCAUAUGUUGUUUAUUCCCAAUACUAUCAAUAGUUUUACUCACAUUGAUCCCAGAAAGCCCUACGUGGCUCAUAGCAAAGGGUGAGGUAGAAGAAGGCAUAAAAGCCUACUACUGGUUAAGAGGCUACAGCGACGAAGCAAAGGCUGAGUUGAAAGGAAUUAUCGAAAAGCAAAAGGCUGCGAAUUCGGAACCGGUGUUGUCUCUCAAAGAGAAAAUAGUCAACUUGAAGAAUCCCGAAUUAUUAAAACCUCUCUUCAUUAUGAUAUUGUACUUCAUAACCUGCCAAUUUUCCGGCGUCAACGCGGUCGCAUUUUACUCGAUAGAGAUAGUCGAAAAAGCGGUCGGUAAUGGAUUCGAUCGUUACUUGGCCAUGAUAAUUAUAGACUUAGUGAGAGUGGUAAUGUCAGUGGUGGCGUGUGUGAUUUGCAAGAUGUACGGGCGUCGGCCAUUGACAUUCAUAAGCGGUACUUGGACGGCGAUCUCGAUGGUCGGAUUGUCGAUGUUCUUGUAUUUCAAGCCGGAAAAUAUGUCAUGGCUGCCGCUAACUUGCCUGAUGUGCUACAUUUGCGCCAUCUCAAUCGGCUUAGUUCCUAUACCGUGGAUAAUGUGCGGGGAGGUGUUCCCCACAAGAGUUAGGGGUAUCGGAUCGGGAAUCAGUUCAGCGACGACUUUCCUCUCAUUCUUCGUUGUCGUCAAAACUGCUCCUGGCAUGAUGACCUAUUUUGGAGAAAUGAUGACAUUCCUUUUUUACGGAAUCAUAGCUCUUGCUGGCACUGGUAUACUGUUCUUCGUUCUACCAGAAACGAAAGGAAAGAGCUUGCAAGAGAUCGAAGAGAGAUUCAAGAAUGGUAAAGCCAGUGGGCCUAAGGUUUAGAUCGUAAGCUGCCAGAAAUUAUUCA